AUGGUGUAUGUCUUAUUGCCAGUCCAGUCCAAACCUACAAAUCAGAUGACGAGGAUUCAGGUAAGGCUUGAGGUUAUUAUCAUUAGGACUGGAUUAAAAAGAGGGAGAGGAGGUGGGCGGGGUGGUGAAGUUGAUAGAGACAAGGAGAGAUUUCUCUUGUCCAGGGGACACUCCAAAUUUACUUUUCAAGCGGUGGUUUUCAGCCGCUGAUAAACGAUUAACCCGAAAGCGUUGUCCAACUCGAUUUAUUGGUACAAAGCUCAAACUUGGGUUAAUAAACCGAAAUCGCGAUAUAAUUAAAUAUGAUAUAAUAAUAAUAAAAUAAAAUAAAAACUAUAAAACUAUAAAGCCAAUUUAGAAAAAUUAAAAUUAACUAAAUAACAAAAAAACUGAAGGUGAAUAAACUGACGACUCGACCGAAUUCACAAAAAGUGACUGAAGAACUGAAGGAUAGACGGAAUCGGCGUCUCCUGACACAUUCCUUUGUCUGUUGUAAAGUGAACAGUUCUUUUGGCCGCGUCUUCCGCGGACAUCUCUUGCCCUCAUAGAGCUAUCUUUUAUAUAUACGUUAAUAUAAAAUGUAAACCUAAUUUUUAUUUCAAUUUUCGUCAUAAUAAGGGAGUUAUAGCGACAUAUCAAUUACUGUAGUGUAAAAGUAAAAACCGGAACUAAAUUCAAAUGCUAAUUCUACUCGACCAAAAUAGCUAUUACUGUUAUUAGUAAUUUACCGUGCUACUUCUAAAUUACAGUUUUGUUAAGAAUGCAGGUAACAGUAAGUAAUGUCAUUUUGACUACGUGACACUUUCAUACGUAGUGUUUGUGAGCAUUACUGUACUAUUAACAUUGAUGACAAAUGAGUUUAAUAGAAUGAUUUUAAUAUCUUAUGAUAGUUAUUAAUAGAACAACCUCAUUAAUUUUAAAUCAAACACUAUUAGAGACUGGAACAGAUAUAAAGAUAGCUUAGCGUACGUGCUAUAUUAAGGAUUGAUUUUGUUAUGUCAUCGUAAGGUUUAGAAAGCGAUGUCAUUCUCAUAAAUUUACAUUUUUUGGCAUCACAAACAGGAUGUGACACGACGUUUCAUUCAUAAAACAUGAGCAGCCAGCUUGCAAAAUUCUUACUGUAAUUUAAUCUUAAUUUUACAAAAUCUUUGAAUUUUGUAGUUUCAAAUUGUUACAGUAGAGUGAUUGUACUGUACUGUUUAGUCAUAGUAUGUCUGCUCAUACACUAUGUAUGCUAUAUAGUCAAAUUUUGGAGAUAUAUUGAGCCCUAAGGGGAAUCCUCUGCUGGCGAAUGUAGGGAAGGGUAAAUCCAUAAAAAAAUUACAGUAAUCUUCUUUCAGGAAGUGUUCCGAACUUUAAUGGGUCGCAAGCCAAUGAUGCUAGCUAGUCGAGGCAAGAAGUCAGGCUUCCAGAAUCCGUCUUCAGAAGAAGACGAGUACAAUAUGAGGGUGUUCUGGCUUCUGAAUCAGAUGAAUCUGAUCCAGCCUGAAGACAAGAAGUAA